GCGAAGUCAGAGCAAAACAAUGAUACCAAAAAAAAUAUAAUUUAAUUUUGUAUAUAUUUAGUAGAAUUCUGACUUAUUUAUAUGAUUUUAUCUAAUCCGUAUAUAAGCUGUUUAAAUUGUGUUGUAUCAGUGAAUUAACCAGCAAUUUUGUGAAGCUUUUUGUGACGCUUAUUGAUACCCAAAAAAAUGAUAUUAUAAGUGUUAUCAAGUCAUGUCCGAAGAACAUGACGAAAAGUGUGUUACAAGUGAAAUAACCAAUGAAAGUGAGACUGAUAAAUCUACUGUAGUGCCAGUAGAUGAACCAUGUGCCAAUAGCAUAGGUGCCAUAGAUUGUCAGAACGACAUUGGUGCCAAAAAAGGAACUUUAUCCUGGACUGAGGAGGGAUCGCAACUCUUGGUAUCGUGGAAAUUGCUGGAAGGAACUGCUACUAAUAAGGACUAUGUUGCUCUUUGUCUCAAAGAUCCCGCAAGCAUCGCCGGUAUCGCCAGGCUCGUGCCGGCGACCGGAUGCGACACUGGGCACAUAAUGUGGCUGCUUGAUGAGCCCAAUCAACCUUAUGAAGAUUGUGAGCAGCUCCUCUGUUUUCGUUACUACAAUGGUGAAGAUGAUGAGUGUGUUGCUGAGUCAUCCUCUCUCCCUCAUCGAUUCAAAGUCGACCUCAAAAAGUUACCUCAUCGACUCAAGGAGGGUAUCUCUAGGAAAAGAAGUGGGGAUCACGUGUCACCCUUCUCAUACAAUAAUGAAAGCUUUGAAAUGAAUUCAGAAAAUAGUCCAAGAAUUGAACGCGUUACUCCAAAUCAAGAUAUUAAGCAUUUGAGCGAUGAUGUUAAUAAGUGCUCAAUUAGUUCUUUAGAUAGACGCGGGAACUCGAAUCUCGAACCUGCAAAUUGUGAUUCUAGUAAAUCUCUAGUUAGUAAUCUUAGUAAGCAAUCUCCUGUAAAUAGUGAAUCUCCCAGUACGAUUGACUGUAAGCCGACAUCGUCAGGCGUAAAAAAGAAGUGUCCACCGCCUGUCGACACCGGAGGCGGCCAACCGUUAAAUGGCGUUAAGAAAAAAACUAAUUUAAAUGUGGGUUUGGAAUCACCAUCGUCGCCUGACACAGAGUAUUAUAAAAUCUGGUCGCCUCAAAAUCCUUGCAAAAUAAUGAAAUUUGUUUAUGAUGUCGAAGGUGCUAAUAUACCCAGUGAUGCCCAAAAAUCGCCGGUUCCGCCUUUACCACCAAGACAAUCACAUAAACCGUUAGAGCGAAUGCAUGCUUUACCUCCUGCUGUACAAAGGCAUAGGAAGCCGAAAAAAAUAAGCAAACCUGAAGAUGCUUUUACUUUUGAAUUAAUUGAUACGGAUGAACAGUUUUUCACUGAUAAAAAUAUUUCCAACUCAUCUGGUUUACAAGGUAACAUGAAUGAUUUUAAACCCGGUGAAUUCUUCUCUGAAAAACAGCAUCCUCUUGCCACGGUUGCAAAUAUUAAAGAGACUCAAAACGUAGCUCCAUUAGCAACACCGGAGACGGAAGGCAGUUUAUCUGAAUCGACAUUAUCGUCUAUAAAAGUAUCAAGAAUAUUAGACGACAAGAAAUUAAAUAUGGUACCUGAAGGUACACCUAGUGUAAGUAGAAAAAAUAUUAUGUUUAUAAAAGAUAUAGGCCCUGAUAACUAUAUAACCACAACUUUUGCAAGAAAAGAGAAGGAUGUAGUAGAUGGUUUUCAUUUAACACCAAAUCAUGCAAAGUCCGAAGAAAAGGCUCAACAUACCUUUCUCAACGAUAUUAGUAAUAGCACUGACUUCGAAGACGAUAAUAGAAACCAGAUUGAAGAGAAAGAAAUAAACAUCAAAGGUCACAAGCCUCUGACUAGGCAAAAUUCUGGGAGAGGAAAUACACCUACAAUGAUGACAGCGUUUCUUAAUUCAUCUCAUAUAGAUGGCCCUAGUCGGGAAAGUGGAAGCAAUAGCCCAAAUGGUGGUAGUUCUUGUAACUCAUCGCAUUCAUCGUCUCCUGUAGAAGAAGGAUGUAAAGGAAUGCCUACCGUGGGUACUUUAUUGAUGAACCGUAAAUAUUCGUGUGAUAGUUCUACUCCUAGGCAUUCAAGUUUACCAAGACACCUAUUGAAGAACCUUGGCUGUGAAUCUACUCCUAAACAUUCCCCGAACCGGACGAACUUUAAAGAGAAUCCGGAGAGUCCAGCACGACCUCAUCCAAGGGUUUUAACCCGCGUUGCAGCUCUGGCAGGCUCGGCCGUACCGCAAUGUCCACCUACUCCGACGCAUCACGCUAGAAGGCCACGCCCUCUUCCACCAUCAGACCUCCAUCCUCCACCGAUACAAAGCAUCGAGAAUCGGCAUGAUACUUUUGAAAUGGUUGAAUUUACUAAUGAGUUAAGAACGUCGGAGAUAAGAUCUCCAAACUUAGAAUUUAUGAACAGUAAUCACUUUACAAUAGUUCAUGCAGGACCACCUGACGAUGUUGUAUUGAGGAGACCUCAGCAAGAAAGUGAAGACAAUGAUGACAAUGACAAUGCUGUAGCGUCACCAACACCUCUAAGGCAUAUGGCUGGAAUUAGACUACCUUCUAUACCAGAAAGAGCGUCACGGCAGAUGGCACUAACUGGCGAUUUUCCUGCUAAUAUGAUUGGCGGGAUUAUUGAAUGUGAAGAACCGUUACCUCCUGGGUGGGAAGCGCGUAUGGAUAGCCACGGCAGGGUUUUUUACAUCGACCACAUCAAUCGGACAACCACCUGGCAGAGACCCGCAGCUAAUGGAAGCUCUCCAAGGUCACCUGCUCCAGAAAUUCAGAGGAGACAGCUAGAUAGAAGAUACCAAUCAAUCCGUCGUACGAUGACGCGUACGCAGCUAGGCGAAGAGGACCGCUCGUCUCCUCCUCCUGCAGCUUCCCCCCGUGAACCACCACUACCGCCUGCACCCCACCCCGCGGCUGAGUUUCUGGCACGGCCAGAUUUCUACUCUAUACUGCAUAUGAAUGCUGAAGCAUCGUCCCUAUACAACUGUAACUCGACCUUAAAGCAUAUGAUAUCAAAGAUUCGUCGGGACACAGCUUCCUUCGAACGAUAUCAACAUAACCGGGACCUUGUCGCUUUGGUCAAUAUGUUCAGCGAUUCUGAUAGGGACUUACCACUCGGCUGGGAUACAAAAAUCGACAGAAAUGGAAAGUGUUUCUUCGUGGACCACGUGAUGCGCCGUACGACUUUCAUCGAUCCUCGUUUGCCUCGCGCGCCUCAAGCGGGGCCAUUCUCCCCGCUGUUGCCACCGCGUAGGCGCCUGCUCCACCACGAACAGGCGCCGACUCCACCACCUCGGCCGCCAAUUUCGUCCUCAGACACAUAUACACACCAAACUCAAGAAAUUCCUGUCGCGUAUAAUGAUAAGGUGGUAGCGUUUCUCAGACAACCAAACAUAAUGUCAAUACUACGGGAACGGUGUGGCGGUUGCAACAACUCGCUACGGGACAAAGUUAAUACAGUCCGAGUUGAGGGAGCAACAGCUCUAGCACGAUACCAGAAUGAUGUGCAGCUUACUUGCUUACUCAGCCUAUUCGAGCAGGAGAUCAUGAGCUACGUGCCGGCGUCAGGAUGUAGUUCCAGUGUGGUCCCAUCUCCUGUUGCGUCGCCAGCCGCCGCAAGGAGUACCAGGGCCCCAGCGCCUCAAAGAAGAGACUUUGAGGCCAAAUUACGCGCCUUCUAUCGGAAAUUAGAAAGCAAGGGUUAUGGGCAGGGCCCAGGGAAGCUAAAAUUACACAUACGCCGCGAACAUUUACUAGAAGAUGCGUUUAGGCGAAUUAUGUCGUGUAGCAAAAAGGAACUGCAAAAGGGGAAACUAUGCGUUACUUGGGACGGCGAAGAAGGCCUGGACUAUGGUGGACCAAGUCGGGAGUUCUUUUUUUUACUAUCAAGAGAGCUGUUUAACCCCUACUACGGGUUAUUUGAAUAUUCCGCCAACGAUACAUAUACAGUUCACGUGUCACCGAUGUCGGCGUUCGUCGACAAUCAUCAUGAAUGGUUCAGAUUCUCCGGUCGCGUCUUAGGCUUGGCACUCGUCCAUGGUUUUCUUCUAGAAGCUUGGUUCACGCGUGCUUUGUAUCGGGCGCUUUUGCGACUGCCACCAGCUCUUGAAGAUGUGGAUGCCUUGGAUGCACAAUUUGCUGCUUCAUUGCGGUGGCUACAGUCGGCACGUUGCGUCUCAUCGCUAGAACUAACCUUCGCGGUGUCAGAGCGACUUGCGGACGGAAGAGUGUUAGAAAGAGAGUUAAAACCUGGCGGAAGAGAUGUCGCCGUCACGGAACGAAACAAGAAGGAAUAUUUAGAGAAACUAGUUAGAUGGAGAGUGGAAAGAGGAGUGGCGGAACAGAGCGAGUGGCUUGUCAGGGGAUUCCAUGAGGUGGUAGACCCUAGACUAGUCGGUGCAUUUGAUGCUAGGGAACUGGAACUGGUGAUUGCAGGGGCGCCAGAACUGGAUGUGGCGGAUUGGAGAAAUAACACUGACUAUAGAGGAGGAUACCAUGACGCACACCCUGUCAUUGUCUGGUUUUGGCAGGCUAUUGACAGAUUUUCAAAUGAACAACGUCUCCGUCUUGUACAAUUUGUGACUGGGACUUCAUCAAUACCUUAUGAGGGAUUCUCUGCCUUGCAAGGAUCUAUCGGUCCCCGAAAGUUCUGUAUUGAGCGGUGGGGACGAGUAGAGUCGUUGCCAAGAGCUCACACCUGCUUCAACCGCCUAGAUCUGCCUCCAUACCCGACACCCCAGUUAUUACAUGAAAAGUUACUUUUAGCUGUCGAAGAAACAAAUACUUUUGGAAUUGAAUAAAUGUCAAAAUAUUAUUAUGUGUAGGCAACUGACUUAACAAGUCUUAUAUUGUGCCCUUAUAAUUAUGUAUGAUAAAUGAUAGUAAGGCCGAUAUAGUGUUGAUGCACUCAAUAUCUAUAUAUAACUGUCAUAUUAAACCUAUGUCAAUAUAAAGGCCACUUAUCUGUCAAGGUUUGUACUUUACUGCUUUUAUUUGUAAGAUAAUAAUUGUAUUGUGGCUGUGAAAAAGGCCCCAGGGCCAAGAUUAGUUUUUAGGUAUGCUUUAUGUCACUAAUUUAUAACAUGAUCAAAAAUUAUUUAUCAGCAUUACUCAACAUUAUUCUACCAAAAUAAUACUUUAAUUAUUCUUAAGAGUUAUGUUAACAUGAAUACUAAGGGAUAAUGAAACACUUUAUCGGCUAAGACAGAGAAGCUAUAGAUUGUUUAAAUAACAUCCAUUUCCUAGUCAACUAAAUAUAAAAAGUUUAAAAAAUUGGCAAAAAAUAUAGUAUUGCUUUCCCUGUAGAUAUUCUUAAUUUAUAUUGUAUUAGAUAAAUAAUGAGAAUAUGUGGAUGUUGUGAUGUUCGCUAAUAUUGAUGUUCCUCAUUUAUUUAUAAAAUGUACAGAACACAGAAUUUCUCUUUGGUAAUGGUAAAUGUGAAUAAACAAUCACAUUUCCUGUGAACUUUAUUAUGAAACUUUAAUUUAAUGUAAAUAUAUUAUUUAUUGUGCUUGUAUGUAUGAUACACAGGUGUAGGUAUGUUUCUUUUCAAUAAGUUUUAAAUGUUAAAUCUUUAAACUACCUUGAGUAUUGUUUUAUGUAAAAAAUUCUAUGUAACUUGUUUUUGUGUGAAAGUGAUAAAAUGUGUCAA